AUGUCUAGCCGUGGUAGACCAACAAAGUGGGCAGGAACCCCGACCCGGUACAAGGACGUGGGGAAAACAAAACUCAAUACAAUUAUCUCAGGGCAUCUUACCCAAGAACAAAUCGAUGCCUAUCAACAAUACUUCCGUAUAGAAGAGAUAUCUCAUUUGCUUCGUGUGGCACAUGAACUGCGCAGACCCUUAUUGAGCUUGAUUCCUUCUGGAACCGAGGACUCACACUACCAAAGAGAUCCCUCCCCUCCGCCAAAGUAUGAUUCACAUGGACAGAGAGUCAACACCAGAGAGAAUAGAACACGGGUAUUCCUCGAAAAGGAAAGACAUUACUUGGUGGACGAAUCAGUGAAGGGUGUGAAGAAUUUCAUGCCUCCAGUGGAAUAUCGUAAUCCUGCCAGAACAACUGAAAAAAUCUAUAUCCCUGUGAAGGAUUACCCAGAUAUCAAUUUCGUGGGUUUACUUUUGGGUCCAAGAGGGAACACUUUGAGACAGUUACAAGAGCAGAGUGGUGCUAGACUUGCUAUUCGUGGUAAAGGUUCCAUCAAGGAUGGUAAAUCUAGUGGUACGAAUAAUGACGAUGACGAUGAUUCAAAUAGCGCACUCUCUUCUGCAUCAUUCUCCAAUCCCAAUCUUAGUUCCGGUGAUGAUUUACACGUUCUAAUCACAUCAGAUUCACUGGAUAAUAUUGCAAAGGCGAUCAAAUUAACCAAUGAAGUUAUGGAGAAGGCCAUAUCUUCGCCUGUUGGUCAGAACGACUUGAAGAGGGGCCAAUUGCGUGAGUUGGCUAUUUUAAACGGUACUCUCAGAGAAACAAAACCAUAUAAUCCCGAACAACAACAAAGGAGAAGACCAAUGGGAUUGGAUGUGACUCAAAUUAUUUGUCUGAACUGUGGAAAAGUCGGUCAUUAUGCAAGAGAUUGUUUAGUGCGCAGGGCUAGUCCUGCUGAAACCACUCCAACAGUUCAAAAUCAUUCUCAUGAUACACCAGGUAAAAAUGUUGCCGAAGAUCAAUCUCCAGCUUGGAAGAAAAGCAAGCCAAAUUUGCCGUUGCCUCCUUGGAACAUGAGCAAUUCUUCCAAACCUUUACAGGCACAAGAAAUCCCACAACCCAUGCCUAUAGCAACACCCAAAGCUCCUUCAUUUGUAUCACAAUCAAAUGAGCCUUCUGUAUUGGGAGCUCCACCUCCUGCAGGUCCUCCAUCUAUACCGCCACCUCCUAAUACAACCAUUAGACCGCCACCACCUCCACCAGCUGGAGCAGUACAGCCACCGCCACCUCCCCCACCAGGGAGUUCACUUCCAAAGCCUCCACCUCCCCCACCAGGAAGUUCACUCCCAAAGCCUCCACCUCCCCCUUCAGGGGAUUCAAAACCUCCUCCACCUCCACCAUCUACAUAG